AACGUGAUUUUGACAUUUUAAAACUAACCCAAUCUUGUGCCAAACCAGUGCCAGUGCUAGUAUCGUGUAGCACAUGUUUAUAGUUUUUGUAUCAAAAUGAGUAGAAAAAAUAAAGGAUCUGGUUCAUUAGGAAGAACCUUAAUUAAGGACAGAUUCGGAGGAGGAAAAGCCAGAAAAUAUACAAAGGACAAUUCUAUGCUACAUACAACUGAAAUCCAGGAUGGAUAUGAUUGGGGAAGAUUAAAUUUGCAAUCAGUUACAGAAGAAUCAUCAUUCCAAGAGUUCCUUUCAACAGCUGAAUUAGCUGGAACUGAAUUUCAAGCUGAAAAACUCAACAUAAAGUUUGUGAAUCCAAAGACCAAUAUUGGAUUAUUAACAAAAGAUGAAAUCAAAAAGGUUAAAGCUGAUCAUGAGAAACAUAAAGAAAUAAUAAAAAUCCCUAGAAGGCCUGUAUGGAAUUCAGAAACAACAACUGAAGAACUACAGUUAAAAGAAAAAGACAGUUUUUUGGACUGGCGUAGAUCGUUGGCAAUAUUGCAAGAAGAGGAAGGCUUGCUUUUAACUCCAUAUGAAAAGAAUUUGGAAUUCUGGAGGCAAUUGUGGAGAGUUGUUGAAAAAAGUGAUGUUGUUGUACAAAUUGUUGAUGCAAGAAAUCCACUUCUCUUCAGAUGUCAAGAUUUGGAAAAAUAUGUUAAGGAAGUAUCUGAUGAUAAAAUGAACAUGAUUCUAAUCAAUAAAGCAGAUUUUCUAACUGAAGAACAGAGACAAUACUGGGCUGACUAUUUUACAAGUCAGAAUAUGAAAGUUGCAUUUUUCUCGGCAGUUUUAGCUUCUGAAGCCAUUGAGGAGGAGGAGGAGGAAGAAGUUGAACCAGAUGAACUGAGAAGCAGAGAAAUUGAUAGUGACAUCAAAAGUAAAGUUAAAGAUUUGGAAGAGGCAGUUGACAGAACUGCUGACAAAUUGGAAUCAUUAACUAAAGAAAUUGAGAAGAAAAUAGAAGAACUUGCAGCUGGAGAAGAAUUGGAAAACAAAGAAGAGGAAUUCAACUCCAAUAAAUUAUUAAAUCGAGAUGAACUUAUAACUUUAUUCAGGAGUGUUCAUAAUAACAAACGGGUAACUGAGAAUAUUGCCACAAUUGGAUUAGUGGGUUAUCCAAAUGUUGGUAAAAGUUCUACUAUCAAUGCUUUGAUGACUGUGAAAAAGGUAUCAGUUUCUGCAACCCCUGGUAAAACUAAACAUUUCCAAACAUUAUAUUUGGAUAAGGAUAUUUUAUUAUGUGAUUGCCCUGGGUUAGUCAUGCCAAGUUUUGUUUUCACUAAAGCAGAAAUGGUUAUUAAUGGCAUUUUACCAAUUGACCAAAUGAGAGAUCAUGUACCACCAGUAAAUGCUGUUUGUCAUUUGAUUCCAAGACAUGUAAUUGAAGAUAAAUAUGGAAUUAUGAUUGCCUUACCAAUGGAAGGUGAAGAUCCUGAUAGACCCCCAACUUCAGAAGAACUCCUAAAUGCUUAUGGAUACAAUAGAGGCUUUAUGACUGCUAAUGGUCAACCAGAUAAUCCUAGAUCAGCUAGGUAUGUGCUCAAAGAUUUUAUGAAUGGUAAACUGUUAUAUGCCAAUGCUCCACCUGGAGUUAAACAGGAAGUAUACCACAUAUGGCAGGAGAGACAAAAGUUUCUUUCUGAAAAUCACGUAAGACCCGCUCGUGAAAUUAGAGCAGGGAAAACCAACAGAGUAACAACAGAAGAUAUGGACAAGGUGUUCUUUAAUACUCAAAAUCAUGGUGUUCACGUUAGAGGCAAUAACUUGCCAGCAAUGUCGAGUAAUGGUCAACCAGAUGCAAAACCUUGGAGAAGUUUAAAUAAGCAGAAGAAUAAGAAUAAACGAGAGAAAUCCAGAAGAUUGUAUGCCCAUUUGGAUCAACAUUAAUUUGUUUUUUUUAUUUUUUUAUUAUUAUAUAAAUAUUGUUAUUUUAUAUAGAUGCAAUAUAAAAUAUAU